AUGCAGUUGUGUACAGGUUUCUACCAGUGUCUAGACUUAGUUUUUAUUGUGUCGUGUUUAUCAGUUAUCGUCAAUGCAGGCGGUCUUCAUCUUCAUCACUACCACCAUGGAAACGAUUGGAGUUAUGAGGGAGAUCAUGGGCCGAGUCAUUGGCACUCCGUGUUCCCCACCUGUGGGGGUGACAGUCAGUCCCCCGUCCACAUCGAGACCCACAAGGUGUUCGUGGACCGGAAGCUGACCCCGUUUGAGAUGGAAGGUUACGACCAGGUCCAGAACGUCAACAUGAGUCUGACAAACAACGGACAUACAGUUAAGGUGGACCUGUUGGGCGCCCAGCCCGUGUUACGCGGUGGUGGACUGUCAGAUGACUUUAAGGUGGAUCAGUUCCACUUCCACUGGGGAGCGGCAGACGACAGGGGAUCAGAGCAUGCGCUAGAUAACCAACGUUAUCCAAUAGAGAUGCACAUUGUCCACCAUUCUAUAAACUAUGACGAUCUCUCUCAGGCCAUGGACAAAGCCAACGGACUCAAAGUUCUGGGAUUCUUUUUUGAGAUCGGGGAGGAGAAUGCACAGUUCGAGAAAAUUAUCUCUCAUUUCAAAGAUAUCGCCCAUAAAGACGACCACGUGGAGAUCUCUGCUAUCCCCCUUCGCUCACUCCUGCCCUCUGACCUCAGUACGUACUACCGGUACCUGGGCAGCCUGACCACGCCCCCUUGUUAUGAGACCGUCAUCUGGACAUUGUUUAAGGAGACGAUCAAAGUGUCAAGGAGACAGCUUGAAAUUUUCCGCCAUGAAGUGAAACAAAACUAUCCCACAGAACCGGAUAAAGAAUUAACGGACGACUUCCGGCCUAUCCAGCCUCUAAAUCGUAGAAUAAUCUACACCAGUAACAUUAAUGGAAUAAGACAAAAACCUCAGAGAUACAAGUAG